CGCCGUUCCCCAAAUGACGUGGUAGGUGACGUGCUCCACGGGCCGACCGGAAGGCAGCCGGACUUUUUUCGGUCAUUUCCUCUUUCUUCGGCCCGUUGUCGUCACUCACAGUCGGCCCAGUGAAGUCCAGCAAGACAAGAGGACGCUUCAUCGCCUUUGUCGCCGUCGAAGAGGAGCAACACAGAUUUUCCCUGACGGAGUUUGGGGUCACGGCGGACGAGAGGCUUCCCGAGGCAGAGAAAAAGUCACAACUCAGGACCAGGACCCUAAUCGGACUGCGGGCGCCAUGAGGUGACGACUGUGACAUCUUGUGUUUUUGCCGACGCGAGACUUAUGGCAAGGAUCACUCUGUCCUGCCUGCCGGCCUCCUGGUACUGCAGCGUGUCCCUGCUGUCUCUUGGCUGCGCUCCCAGACAGAGGCUGCUGCUGCUGCUGCUGCUGCUCUUCAUCACCUCCGCUCUCUUCCUCCUGGGGACCAACCAGAGACUGCUGUGGGGCCCCCGGCAACGGCCUGGGGCCCGAGUCAACAAGUACCUCUCCAUCGCAGAGUCCAUGGAGGCCACCGAUGUCCUCAACCCUGCUCUGAACUACGGGAUCGUGGUGGACUGCGGCAGCAGCGGCUCUCGGGUCUUCGUGUACUACUGGCCCCGCCACAGCGGGAACCCCCACACGCUGCUGGACAUCCGACAGAUGAAGGACCACGACCACAAACCUGUCGUCAAGAAGAUCAAACCUGGUGAGGAAGUGGAGCUCGGCCGUAUCUCCACAUGCAUCCUCUGCACUGCUGGCAUGAGGCUACUACCAGAUAGCCAACAGGCGGCUAUCUUGGAGGACCUGGUCACUGAUGUGCCCUUGGAGUUUGAUUUCCUGUUUUCCAGUUCACAUGCUGAGGUCAUCUCUGGGAAGCAGGAGGGAGUGUAUGCAUGGAUUGGCAUUAACUUUGUGCUGGGCCGCUUUGAUCACACUGACGAGGAGGACGCCACAGUCGAGGUGACAACUGGGUCUCAGAACCAGCAGCCAAUCAGCAGGCGGCGUACAGUGGGGAUCAUGGAUAUGGGUGGAGCUUCACUGCAGAUUGCCUACGAGGUGCCCAGUGCCAUCACCUUCAACUCACCCCAGGAGGAGGAGGCGGGGAAGAGCGUUCUCGCUGAGUUUAACCUGGGAUGCGACGUUGAGCACACGCAACACGUGUACCGGGUCUAUGUCACCACGUUCCUGGGCUUCGGGGGAAACAUGGCCAGGCAGCGCUACGAGGACCAGCUGGUCAACAAGACGCUCGCCCAGAACAGGUUUCUAACUACACAGACAGGCCUGUUUGAGGACAAACCGUACCUGGACCCGUGUCUGCCGGUGGGCCUGUCGGACACAGUUGUCAGGGACAACCGCACCUUGUACCUGAGGGGUCAGGGCGACUGGGCCCGAUGUCAGGAAGCUGUACAGCCCUUCCUGGGCCUCCACAACGGCACCAUGUCCCCCGGGGGUGUAUAUCAGGCUCCCAUCAACUUCAGCAACAGCGAGUUCUACGGCUUUUCGGAGUUUUAUUACUGUAUGGAGGACGUGCUGAGGAUAGGAGGACAGUACGACAGUGCCAAGUAUUCCCGAGCUGCCACGGACUACUGCUCCACCAAGUGGUCGACACUGAAAAAGCGACUGGACAACCAGCUCUUCGCUCAGCAGGCCGACAUCAGCAGACUCAAGUAUCAGUGCUUCAAGUCGGCCUGGAUGUACGAGGUGUUGCACUCUGGUUUCCGCUUCCCCACCGACUACCUGAGUCUGAAAACAGCCCAGCUGGUUUAUGACAAGGAGGUCCAGUGGACUCUGGGAGCCAUCCUUUUCAAAACCCGCUUCCUGCCUCUCAGGGACCUGCCCCAGGAAACGCUGCGGCAGAGCCACCCCAGCUGGCUGCGCUCCUCCUUCGUCUACAACCACCACCUGUUCUCGCUCUGCAUCCUGGUCGUGGUGCUGGCCAUCCUGCUCUACAUCCUGCGCCUCCGGAGGAUCCACCAGCGGGAGCAGAGGCAGGCCGAGGCCCUGAACCUCCUCUGGGCCGAGGAGGGAGAGGCCCUCCUCCCCUGAGAGAUGCGUCCGUGUCAGGAGGCUCCCGACUGAAAACCGGCAGGAUCUUCUUACCCCGUGACAUUUCUGACUCACUGAAACCAUAGAUUCAAAACUAAAGGAUGUGAGUAUAGAGGAAGGUUAAUGAGGAUCCUGAUAAUUACUCACCAGCCGAGGGUGUAAGCAAAGAGGUAAGAGUUUACUGCCUGGAAAAACAUCACAGUACAGAGGCAGUUUAAUGAGCCUGGAAAUCAAACGGCUCUGUAUGUUCUUUGAUUGUGCAGCUUUAAACACAGAGCGCAUCUCAGAUUGGAGAAAUGUUCUCUGGGUUUCACUUUUUCUUCUCUUCAAGACGGUUUUGGAUGAAAGGAAUCACCUCUGCAUCGCAGGAUCAAAUGCAACCCAUUUCCUCUAAGAUCUAGUUUCUAGUUUCACGGCCGUCUGGACGGUGAACCCGGAUCUGGUUUCAUGGUGAACGUCUUUGCGGCUGAGCGAGGAGGCACCGGCGGUAAUAAACCCUGCCAGAGGACAUAGAGCAUAGCAAUCCGGGCUUGUUGGGGAUUCGACAUCCAUCCAGGACAAGUUACGUGAAGGCACAUGGGACAGAAAAAGCAAAUCGUACGCGUUGACCCUAUUAGGAUUCACAUUUUUACAACAUUGAUUUAUCUUUUUCUGGUUUGAAACAAAUGAGACUAAGGCUAAAAUAGGUUUCCGCCAUGCCAGUAUUAGCUGCGCUCAUUUCAUACGGGAUCUUCAGGCAACUUCAUUUUAGUCCGGGCCUCUCGUGUGUUUUUUAAUCAUUGAUCGUGACGAACAAAUCUGAGCCAGCUCGACACAGACUGUCCCUGAGCUCAGGAACCCUAAACCCUGACUGAGAUACGCAACGGUUUUGUUUUUUUUCUAAACGCGAACGGCCGUUAAAAACGUUCAGAGUUCACAUACAGCUAAAUGCUAACACAGGAUCCAGAACUUCUGAGAGCAAGCGGCAGCGUGGCGGCGUGGGUGCAGGGCGUCGUCGUACGCACGCACACUGAGUGAGCGCCCGGUGUCUACAUGGACGGCCCACUGUGAGACACGCGGUAGGUCAUGGACAUACACGACUGGAUGAUGCAGGGAACAGGUGACCGCACAGCAACUUCCGCGCCUGCCUCGUUGGCAGAAAGGCUUCUUCAUAAGUGUCGAGUCGCUUCUGUCAGAACCUCCGUGAAAGUCUUCCAGUCGUAAUCCGGACUCGGAUGUCACCGGAGCUGAAAUGCCACGUAACGUGCGACGUAUUGGCGCGUCGGCGCGUGAUGUGACGGAAGCAGCGGUGCAUGUUACCACGCUAAUUGUUGGCAUUCACGUCAAGGCACAGCUGGGUUUAGUGGCUGACUCGAGAAAGCUGGGCCCGGCCUGACAACCCCGACAACCCCUGUGACUUAGACCUGUCCCCUUUGGCACCAUGCCGCAGAUAAACUUGACACAAGGGUCUUAGGGGAAAAAAAUGUCCGUGUAACACUUUUACUGUUUUGACUGACAGCUGCAUGUAGAGUCUCCCAAUCGUUCCCAUGUGUCUCACGUGGCCAUUUGUGUGUCCAGAUCCGUCUUACACAUCACUGUCGUCCCCCCCCCUUUUAACAAGUACGUGUGACUUUUGCGUCUGAUCCUGGCGACAAGUCAUAAAUCUGCGGGGCUCCGGCCUCGGAUUGCGCUUUGAUACUUGAAUGCCACUGUUGUCCUGCCAAGGCCCCCGUCCGGCCCAGAUCUCUAUCGGAGCAAAGACAGAGCCAAGAGGCGUUUCUAGCUGUAAUAAGCUGAGCGAUCUGCUCAGCGUUUGGACGAAAGGCGCUGAAAACAGACGAAGACCCUGGAGGCCUCGUGUCAGCAAAUGCCGCCUGAUUUCUAAAUGCAAUAAGUCUACAAAAGGGAAGAAUCUGGUCUCAUCCCGUGGGAACAGUCUCAGCAUAUGUUGAACAUUUCAUAUGGUUUUCAAAAUGAACUGAUUUAAAGCCAUUUUUGAGGAAAGAAGCCUUACCCUGAGAAAAAAGGGUCUGUUUUAUCGGGUUUUUAUGUCUACUGUAUUUUAUGGCUGUAAAGGAAACCACUGUUUUGGUUGUUUUGGGGUUUUUUUUGUUUUGUUUGUUUUGUUUUUCCAGUGAGUCAUGGCAUCGUGUUAUGCGCUGACAGACUGAUUACAGCUGUGCAACAACCAUGACGAUGCAAAAUAUGUGUCUGAGAAGCACCUGCUGAAACUUCCUGAGAAGUUAAAUAAUGUGUCGAGUAUUUUUCUUUUCUUUUUCGUGUCCCGAUUCAUCAGCUUAAACGAUGAGGACUGAAAAAGCUGUCUUUGUGGUGUCAACGUUUGGUCGUUGCUUUGUAAAAUCUUCUAAUGUGAUUCCACUCGUUCACCUUUCUUUUCUCUUGGUCCUGACGCAGAUGAGUCCUGACACGACCUUGUCAGACUGUCAGUGUGAGUUUGUAACCUUUUGUCUUCGUCUGCACUUCUAUCCCCGAACCACUAAGCUUCUGACACAGCAGCCAAAGUCUGAAAUUGGAGCUCUGACAGAUUCAUUUUCUUUUUUUUUUUUUUUUUAUUUCUGAUGUCCUCAUUUACCUCACAAUUGUCCAAAUGAAUCAAAAACUUAAGACCACCUCCUCCUGAUUCCUCCUGGUGUCGGAGUGGGUUGCUUUCUGUCUCCCGAUGAGGGGUCAACGGUUGAGUGCGUCUUGACCGUCUCAGAGCUGGGCACCGUGCAAUGUCGAACAGCAGUUCACUGAAGGGGAACACUUGACUUUGAUGUUUUUGAUGAAGGUACCUUUUAACAUCGAUGUGAAACGACACAGCUCCAGUCCAAUAAAGGACCUCUUUGUAAUACAUUUUGACUCUCGCUGGUUCUGUGUGCUGUACCCGCUGCAGACAGGAAAGGGUGUGUUCGAUGGCCUGGCCCCGGCGAAAAAUUAGUUGGGCAUGGGCAAUUAAGCCCCCAGCACUGCCUGGCAGGGAAAAUGUGCCCUCGAUGCCCAGUCAACUGGUUCCACCAGUCAGACAGUUUAGAACUUGUUAAGUUUAGGUUGAGAGUGAGACGCUCUCGGGACUCGUUGUGGAAACAGUAAUGUUAGAGUUGAGGAAACAACCUCACCACAGGAUCCAUUUAGCAACUGUUCUGGAGGUCAGUGUUUAAGCCAACAUACAGUGGCGUGGACGGGAAGUCCCUUCGAGUGCUCGGCGGACAGCGAAAUUUUGAACAGUUACAACUCGCUGGCAAGCUCCGUCUGCUGCUGGGGAUUUUCUGAUAUGAUCGAAAGCUCCAGUGCCGUCACUUUCUCAUCUGCUGUUUCCAAGGUCAAGAAUGAAUUUUGAACCUCAGUAAUGUUUCCUGUUUCACGCCACGUGCGUGAUUCUUAGAGGGGAGACCGUUUUCGUUUUCAGAUGAGGCUAAAGAGCCAAGGUUCACCAAACAAAAAGACUUAUUUUCUCAUUUCACCUCUAGCGAGUCUUGGUUCUAGUUUUGGCUUUAUUUGCCCCGGGUUUUGAGAUAUCUGCCUCGGAGCUCUCAGUCUCCGAAAGGGACUGUUUCUGCAGGACAAAGUAGUUCCAACAAAAACUGUACACGCCGGGGGUUAGCCAGAGUAACAGGGAGACAAAGUCAGGAAAGACAGCCCGCGAGGAUGCAACUGAAACUGAGGUUCGUGGGGAUUUUGACUGUCAGACCUUUUCAGCAACAGUACAGCCUGGGAGACAGAAUAAAAGCUCCUCUUCUGUGAGACGACAUUAGGGGCCGAAAUGCCCCGAGAGGUAACGCAGGAUAAUGAUCUGCAGUUGGCGCUCGUCAACACCGAACUGGAAAGAGUUUGGAUGAGAAACGGCUGCCAGCCUGUAAAACAAUCACCGCCAGUACACACCACAGUUUACAAAGGGCAGUCAUUGCCUCCAUUCCUUCAGGAUGCAGUUACGUAAAAGCCACUUUCAUAACCGCUGCUGUAACACCCUGUGACCUGCUGGGGGAGCUGUGCAGCAUUUAUGAGCUGCUGAUCCCACAAUGGAACAGAAGACAAACACAAAAAAAAAAAAAAAAAA